GCGAGCUGCCCGCGCGGCGCUGGCGCGGCCGUUACGGGUGCGGAGCGGGCGCUGAGGGGGCCCCAUGGCCGCGUCGCUGGGGCCGCUGGUGGGAGCCAUCGAUCAGGGCACCAGCUCCACCCGCUUCCUGGUUUUUAAUGCAGAAACUGCAGAGCUCUUGAGUCACCAUCAAGUGGAAAUAAAGCAAGAAUUCCCUAGAGAAGGAUGGGUGGAACAAGAUCCAAUGGAAAUAUUAAACUCUGUCUAUGAAUGUGUGGAAAAGACCUGUGAGAAAAUGAAACAACUGAACAUAAACAUCACUAACAUAAGAGCCAUUGGAGUCACCAAUCAGAGAGAAACAACAGUGGUUUGGGACAAGACAACUGGAGAACCUCUUUAUAAUGCUAUUGUGUGGCUUGACCUGAGAACCCAGUCAACAGUUGAACGUCUUCUUAAAAAAGUUCCAGGGAGAAACAAAACUUUUUCUAAGUUUAAGACCGGUCUUCCACUUAGCACUUAUUUUAGUGCAGUGAAACUUCGGUGGCUUUUGGAUAAUGUGGAAGAGAUCAGGCAAGCAGUUGAGGAUCAAAGAGCUAUGUUUGGGACUAUUGAUUCAUGGCUUAUAUGGAGUUUGACAGGUGGAAAGAAUGGAGGCGUUCACUGUACAGAUGUCACCAAUGCCAGUAGAACAAUGUUGUUCAACAUUCAUUCCUUGGAAUGGGAUCCUGAGCUCUGCAAGUUCUUUGAUAUUCCUAUGGAAAUACUUCCAACCGUGCGAAGCUCCUCUGAGAUUUAUGGCGUUAUGGAAUCUGGAGCUUUGACAGGUGUACCAAUUUCUGGGUGCUUGGGUGACCAGCAUGCUGCUCUUGUUGGGCAAAUGUGUUUUCAAGAUGGGCAAGCAAAAAACACGUAUGGAACAGGUUGUUUCUUGCUGUGCAACACAGGUCAGAAGUCUGUGUUUUCUGAGCAUGGUCUUAUAACCACAAUAGCUUACAAAAUGGGCAGAGACAAACCUACUUUUUAUGCACUAGAGGGAUCUGUUGCAAUAGCUGGGGCUGUUGUUCGUUGGCUGAGGGACAAUCUGGGUAUUGCUAAGACUUCACAGGAAGUUGAAAAACUGGCUGCAGAUGUGGGAACUUCUUAUGGCUGCUACUUUGUGCCAGCAUUUUCAGGACUGUAUGCACCAUACUGGGAACCCAGUGCAAGGGGUAUCAUCUGUGGCCUUACUCAGUUUACAAAUAAAAAUCACAUCGCCUUUGCUGCACUAGAAGCAGUCUGCUUUCAAACACGAGAGAUUCUAGAUGCCAUGAACAAGGACUGUGGCAUUCCACUAAGUCAGUUACAAGUAGAUGGAGGAAUGACCAAUAACAAAAUCCUCAUGCAACUCCAAUCAGACAUUCUCUGUAUUCCAGUAGUAAAGCCAUCAAUGCCUGAAACUACAGCUUUAGGAGCUGCUAUGGCAGCAGGAGCUGCAGAAGGUGUUGAAGUUUGGAGUCUGAAUCCUGGAGAUUUGACAGCAGUCACAUGUGAACGAUUUGAACCACAAAUCAACCCAGAGGAAAGUGAAUAUCGCUAUGCCAGAUGGAAGAAAGCUGUGAUGAAGUCUAUGGGAUGGGAGACAUCUGAAGGUCCUUCAAAUGGUAAUCAGAAUUUAAUGCAGGUAAAUGAGGCUACUUAGUGGACUCACUGGAUGCAGCUGAUAUUUUUGUUUCGGUUUGUUUUGUUGUCUGAAGAGAUUCCACCACCAACGUGAUUAUGCUACUUUUGUGGUUCAAUCUAUUCAUGAAUCCAUCUGUCACCAGUCCCUGCGUAACUUCCCGGUGGUGCACUGAAAAUUCAGUCUUCAGCCCUUCAUUACUCUGUUCCUUUACCCAAAUCAGCUCCAAAUGCACUGGACGCCUUUGUGUGGACUAUCUCACAUCAUCCUUUAAAAUUUCACAUGUCCUAGCUUUGUCUGAGAAAGUGGUAUGAAAAAUACUGUAAUCUCUGAGGUAAUAAUGGCAGAUAGCUGUCAUUUUCAGGAGUUUGGUACUUCAUGCAACACACUUCAGAAAGUUAAUGAUGCACUAUGGAACUUUGUAAACAUCUUACAAUUCUUCCAGCUGCUGUCAAUUAUUUUUCAUAUGCCAAUGGUUGCCAAAGAUGUUUUAUUUAGUUGCCACUGGUCUGAAACACCUUCCAUGGUACAAACCUUUCAAACACUAGCCCAAGAUGGAUUACCAUAGUACAUAUUGCCACUGGUUUGGCAAUGAGGAGUUUGCUGCUGUGGUCCACUGAAUAUUGCUGAAACAUUCAGUUUUGAUGUUAAAAAGUUUGGUUUGGCUCUGGCACAUGUAGUCACUUGACCCAUCAGAAGUAUUUAUGACACCAAGUCCUGUAGUAGUACCUUUAAAGAGAUGAGAGGAAAUAGUGUUUUGGUUAAGGCCACGUUUCAUCUUGUGGUUUUGUGCUAGCUUGGAAAGACAAAUUUGAUGCAGCAUGCUAUUGACAGGACAGCUGCUUGGUCCUCAGUAACUGAUAACUCUUCAAACUACUCUGUACAGUGCCCUUUUCUUGACCAAUACUGCAUAUAUCCUGUCAUCCUGCUUAAGUGACUAUUUGUCAAACUUUAGAAAGUUGAAGCUAAUUUAGCUUUCAUUAAAAAGGGUCCAUUCCAAACUAAGUAUCAAUGCUUUAGUUCUUGAUUUCAUUUAGUAUAUCUCAGGGACCAAAAUCUCCCUUUCAGUUUCCAUGUCCGUAGUUUUAACUGCAAGUUGUUGCAAAAUAUGCUGGGACAAUCCAAAAUUCUGUCUUAGUAGAGUAAGUACUGGCACGUGAAAUGGGCCACUGGAAUUUACAGACGAUGGUGACAACUGAAUCCCAUCCACUUUGAAAUCGUUUGUUUUCCACAUGAAAGGAGUGAAGUAAUAACCUUAUCUUCAGCUUUCCUGUAUGAACGAACAGCAUCCCAAAUGCCAGCCUUAUUGGCUAGGUCAAGGAAAAGGUGUUCUUGUGUAGUGAUGUUGGAUUAGUAUGGAAUGGUAGCAAGGUUAAAUGUGGGAACAACAAAGAAUUUCAAAGAUGUGUUUAAAUGCACUAGGAGUUAAAGGGAGAGGUUUUUUGUGUGCAUUUGCUCUUAAAGAUUCUUGUGUUUAACAAAGUUUCUUUGAUUAGAGGCUUAAUUUUUAAAAGGAUGUUAUAUAUGUCUGAAGCAAUGAAUUGCACAGGAGUUCAGGUCUGUACAAUAUAUUUAAUAUCAAAUGCAUAUUAAUUGCCUUUUUAUUGUCAAGUGCAAUGACUUUUGAAAAUGUGACUUUUAACUUAGAAGAUAAAGAACAUUUUUCGUCCUGUGGUUGCAUGUAUAACUUCAGCAGAGAGAAGGGAUUUUGUACACUAAUGAAAAUGUAACAGCAUCAUUCAAAUACUGUCUCUCCUGUAAGUACUCACAUGUGAACUGUGACAGCCAAAAUUUCUGGUGUUUCCAGUUUGUAUUGGAGAGAUAAAGAGUGAAAAAAGAAUAUAAUCCCAUAGAAAAGUUUUCAUACUCCUUAUCUUUACUCUGAGCUGUUUCUGAUCCCACUGUAUCCUGAGGAAGAGGAGUGGAGCAGCCUGUGGAGCACAGGGAGUAGGGGCAGAACACACCUCAAACUCUGGACUUCUGAAUAUGACCUAUUGCCAAAACCACUGAAGUGCUGAACCUGGGAACGAAUAAUGCUGAAGUGUUGCCUUUGCCCAUGAUAAAUGUGGCAGGGCGAAAGCUUGUACCUAACAAGUAGGAGAGGGAAAUUUUGCUGCUUUUCUGACUUAUCUUUUACUGGGAAACACAAUUCUUAUUAAUUUUUCACUGAGUAAGGAUCAUUAUUUUAUUUUCAAUUGCUGUUGCAAAUGUUUUUUAAGAGUUUCACAUCACUGUUAACUUUCUACCAACAUAGUUGAAAUAUAUUGUAAACUGCUUGUUGGCGGGGAGGGGACAAACUGUUAAAGUUAGCUUUUUGUGAAGCUGUGAUUUUUUUUUUUUUUUUAUGAAUUACCAGUUUAUAAAUUCUUAAUUGAGAAAUGCAUUAACUUGGUAUUAAAGUACCAUAAAGGAAU